GUCACAAAGUCAAGCAGUUAGCUAUACAGAAUAGGUAUAGCCUGUAUACAAGAAUUAUUAACAUGGAGUCAUUCAUUUAUUCAAAGAUUUACUGAAAUUUUCUGAAAACACAGAUAAAAUAGAGGCUAGAGCAGGGGGAAGUGUCUUCAAGCAACAGGAUUAGAGAUGGAUCUGGAAGGAUCUAUAAAACUGAGGAGAGGAAGAGAAUUGAACUUUAAUUGAAAAUGAACUGAAAGCUAGUUUUAGCAUGAGAAGUACAUGUAAUAUUACUGUGCACAAAGCACAUCUCAUUUUUGCUCCUGUAUACUUAAACUAGUUGACACAGUUAACUAGAUAAUGCAAUUCUUUGACUGCUGACCUGGAAGACUGGGACUGUAGGCAAUUAGGAGCCCUCUGAGGACUCUGAAUGAAGGAAUGGUAUGCAAACAGCAGUAUUAUAGGGAAAUGGCUCUUGGGAAUCUCAGGGUUAAUCAGAAGGAAAAUCAAGAGGCAAUGGCAGUGGAACAGUCCAGCUAUUCUAUUUCAGGCCAGUGAUGAGAACUAAUAUGUUGCCAUUAGAACAGAAACUUCAGAAGGAAACUUUUGUUGUAAACCUACAUACUGAAUAAUGUGGUUAUUUGUACACACACUGGUUUUUUAAUGCAAUUUUUCUUACAUCACAAAAGUUUUCCAUUGACUUUUAAAAUUGUUUUUUGUGUAGACUUUUAGUCAUUGUGAUUUAGUUUUAAGGCUUAUAUUUGCUUCGCAAGAAUCUUCAGCAAAAAUGAUGCCUGACGUUUCUAUAUCUUCAUGGUUCUGAGGCAAAGCAUCCUUUUCAUAAUCCAUUUUAUUUCUGUGUAUAUAGCUAAAUGAUUUCAAAACGAUUUGUAAAGUCACAGAAACCAUAAAGCUUUAGUCCUUCUAGCCAUGAGCUGAUCUUUCCACCUAUGGAGUUGCACGAUUUAGUGUCAAUGGAUGGCCAUAUAAGGAACUACAUGACUGAUUACAACAUUGUAGAUAAGCGUAAUAGACUUUGUUCUGUAUGAACAGCCAGCAAGGACACAGAGAAGCCUAAUCUUGGUAGGUUUCCUUCACUCCAAAGCAGACUGAAGUGUGAAUCAGCCUGGAAAAAGACACAGAGGUGUUAUUUUGAAGAAGUCAACUCAUUUUUCCUUUCUCCAGGCAUUAUGAAAAACCUCUGUUACAGAGUUGUAGCCAUGGUUAUAAGUCUUUCUUUUACCGGGACAAUGACAAAUGCAUCAAGGAAAAGCAGUAUUUCAUUGAGCUCUGAAUGCCAGUGGGAUGGAUAUCUUUUGACACAUUGUUCUUUUACUGGAAAACUUGAUCUACCUGAGGAUACAUCACAGACAGCAACCACAGUGGACUUAAGUUCCAAUUUCUUUAAGGUUGUCUUAGAACCUCACAUGAGAGGCAAAUGGAAUAUGAAACAUCUGGACCUCAGUUACAAUUGCAUAUUGAAAAUAACCUUCAGCUCUCUUACACAUUUCCAUGGUCUGGAAUCAUUAAACCUCAGCAAGAAUGCCAUUUACACCAUCUUAUCAGACCUACCCAGUCCCAAGUCCUCACGGAGGAAAUACCACAGACGCAGCUUGAGAAAUGGACUUCCAUUUCUAAAGUUACUAACCCUUAAAAGAAAUAAACUCAGUGACAUUCCCAAGGGAUCACGGAAACUUAAGCCUUUGGAUCUGACAUUCAAUGGGAUGUCCCAGAUUGGUUUGUCUGACUUUCCUGACUGCCUGCACCUGGAGAGCCUCCAUUUAAAGAGUAACAACCAAUUCGGAAGUCACCCAGAAGACUUCAAGAGCCUCAAACAACUUCAGGUCCUGGGCCUCAGUGGCGCACUGACCACUGUCCUUACCUUGGUGACCGCGGCACAAGCACCGCUCCACCUGCAGGCCAACCCGGCCGGGACCCAGGGGCCGAGGGACUGCCAUGCCGCUGUCUUCCAAAAGUUCACUUCUGAAUCCUGGAGGCUGACGUGGGAUAUAAUUUGCAACAAACCUCUAAGGAGUCAGGAGACAUACUGGUGGACGCCAAAAAGGAGAAUUUCCAGAGAGACCCACCUUCCUCGAGCACAUCAAAAUCAUGAGGACAACCCCUCCAAGAGCGAAGCUGAGCAGCCCAGGGAGGAAGUGCGUGCGGGCUUUCCCACCGUGGGAGAGGAGGACCAUGCCAGCCCUGGUGCCCGAGAGAAGCAGAGCGGGCUGCCCAGACGAGUUAGGAGCGCCGGGGAUGUGCCACCUUCUGGCAGAAAGGAAGCCGCCCAGUCCCAGGACCUCACCCUGGCUGUCUGCCUGGCAGUGUUCAUCACCUUCUUUGUGGCUUUCUGCCUGGGGGCUUUUACAAGGCCUUUCAUUGACAGACUGUGGCAACGGAUACGCCAGGACAAAAGGCCCCAUCCUGUUAACGCCUACUCAAAUGAGGGCUUCUGUGAUGAAGUUGAAGCUGCUGGGAACAUACAGCAGCACCCAAUGGUAGAUGUGCGCCAAGGUCUCCCAGACCUAAACCUCCUUGAGAGCCAAAACCCUUUCCCGAGGAGAGAGGCCAGCCCUGGCACAGCUGGCCUUGCCGCAGAUACAGCCCUGGGAACAAGGGGAAAGGAGUCUGGCAGCUGGCAGAGCAGGGCAGGGUAUGGGGCCAAAGCUGGGGCAUGGAGGCCAAGUCCUGGCCAGUUUCCAGACGACAGCACAGCCCCUGCUGGCCUGGGCACACACGCUAACACUGGAAGUAAUGCACUGAUUUCAGCCACACCAGACUGCAUCUAUAGGAAACAUGUUCUUGAAGAAGUACAGUCUGACACUGUGUCCCGGGAAGAUUUUCUCAGUGUGCAAUCACUGAGCGUCCCUGAGAGUUUACAGACUGUCUGCGGCUCAGUCCAUAACACCUUGAAUGAAUUAGAGCCAACACAUUCAAGAGACAAAACAGAUUCUCUUUCUCCAACGCUAGUACAAACUGAAGCACAGAACACUGGGAAGGCCCAGACAAGCUGUGGCACCAAAAACCUAUCUUUGAACCUUUCUAAGGAAAAGCAAGUGAGCACGAACAUUAAUUUGCUGCAUGAAAAGCAGCAAAGGCCCAAAGACGGUGCUGAGGUCCCCUGCAGUAUGGUCAUUCUCCAUGGCCAAGGAGAUACAGACCCACUCCCACUGGGCUGUCCUCCAGGAUGGAAGAGUGAAACACAGGUCACUCCUGCUAAUAGGGAACCAGGACAGAAACAUGCAACUUCUGAUACACAAUAUGAAUUGGACACCAACUAUGAUUCUGAUGAAGGAUCUUUAUUUACUCUAAGUUCAGAAAACUCAGAGGAUGCAAGAAAUUGGACUGAAGAAGAGGCAUUUGAUGAGGAUGGCUGUAGAGCCAGGGGGCCACCAGAGAACAAAGACUUGGGGAUGAGGAAGAGCAGUGUUAGGUCCUUAGAGAAUAGUGAGGGUAUCACAUCCCAGAAGGUUCUGGGGGCAGGGGAGACUCAGGAAGAUCAUUUUGAAAAACCUCUCACACACUCUGGCAUGAUUAAGACUCAGGUGGAAAGUAACUCUAACACCAACAAAUUUGAGGAUCCACUGAUUGUGCCUAGAUCACAGAGCAAUAGUCCUUUCAGUGAUGAAAGCCCAGGCAUGUCCACUCCUCAUCCUCAGCCAGUAGAGUGGCAAUAUGAUCUUAGAGACUUGCCAUUUUCAAAUGUGGAUAUUUCACCACAGACACCUCCGCCACGUUCUGCCAAAGUUCCCUCAGAUUCCAAGAGUGACUGUAGUGAGAUAGACUCAGUCCACGAAUGUGAAACUUCCACCAGAGACUAAACACUCAAAUGACAUUACAAUAAGAUUCCAGAAGGAGCAAAAUGAAUUUCAAUUCUUGGGGCACUUAUGUAAAUGAAAGACUUGUGUAGCCUCUUGAGGACUGUGAGACCAAAAAGGCUGUAAGGCAAACCCAGGUGUUCCAGUCCUGUGAUGCUGAACCUACUCUUUAGUGUGAAAGAGGAGGGGAGAAUAUUUUGAAGGUGGUUCUAAGAGUCAGGUACCAGCAUUACAAGAAUUUCCAAAGAAACCCAGUUCACAAAGAACUCAAGAGCACUUCAGUAAAAGAAAUCAAGUAAAUGAUCAGAGAACAAUAAGCUGCAAUUAGAAAAGGGCAAUUCUGAUAUUUAUAGUUCAAUAUAGACCCGCACCUGAUGGGAAUUCGCUGUAGGUGAAGACCAGCUCUGCCUCCACAAAGACAACACUCAACUCGCAAUCAAGGGGAAGUCAAAUAACUUUGCAGUACAUGCUGAAGCACUUUGAUGGAACCACUAAGCAGAUUUUUAACAAAUUCUGCCCAAAGACUAGCAUAAAUUUUUUUUUGGAGUUGAUCAUGCAAAAUUCAGAGACU